AUGGUAAUUCCAUAUCUGCUGCAGGCGUGUUCCUCAAGGACUGGUUCGUACAGUUCACAUCAUAUAGUGACUAAUCAUAUCAAUGACCGUUUCGCGCGCAGCGCAGCAGCACAGCUUCCAACGCUCCUCCUUCCCGACAAGGACGCGGACGGCCUGUGUAGCGGGCUAAUCCUGUACCGCACUCUGCUUGCAUUAGGCUUGCAUGCAGACCGCCUCUCUGUCCAUUUCGUAUCAAAGGGUUCAAACAUCCAUACCGCUGAUGAGCGGGCGCGCAUCGCUCGCUACACCCCACGCUAUGUCAUUGUGUGCGACCAAGGCAGCCGGCCAGGGCCACCCAUAGUCGACGCGCCCGGUGUUCGGACGCUCAUUGUCGACCACCACUUGAGCGACGAGUUUCCGGACGGUGCAGAGGUACUCUCGGCAGCGCACCACGAACCCGUGGCCACAUCAUCUACGCUCACGUACUUGCUGUGCCGCCCACUCGUCUCCGCUGCAGCACCAGCCGUGCUGCUGAAGCAACUGGAGUAUCUCUGCGUGAUUGGUACGAUGGGCGACCUCGGCACCGCGUUCAGAUGGGAGGCACCGUUUCCCGAUAUGCGCGCCUGUCUGAAAGAGUGGACAAAAAAGGUGCUCGGAGAAGCGGUGAGCCUCCUAAACGCCCCACGCCGUACAGCAAAGUAUGACGUCCUCUCUGCGUGGAACGCGUUGCUUCACGCGUCCUCUCCGCGCGACUUGGUCUCUCGCUCGUCUAUCCACUCUGGACGAUUGUAUGAAGCUCGGGAGGACGUCCGGAUCGAAAUUGAGCGUUGCACGCACACAGCGCCGACCUUCUCGGGCGACGGACAAGUAGCGCUCAUCCGAAUAUCGAGCGGGGCACAGGUGCACCCUCUCAUAGCGACGCGAUGGGCUUCUACUCUGAAGUCUGCGCGACUCAAGAUCGUAAUGUGCGCCAAUAGUGGCUAUCUCGAGGGACAAGGCAUGAUGAACUUUGCUUGUCGGGUGGCACGAUGCGCCCUACAGCGCAGUGGCCAACAGGGCGGCGUACACGACAUAAACAUCAUCGCGAUGCUUAAAGACUACGCGGAGCGCGUUCCGGGAUUGCGCGAGGCCAUGGGAGAUGACUUCGCUAGAGGGCACAAGCAGGCUAGCGGAGGGAUUGUGUCCAUAAGUUUGUUCGAACAGUUGUGGGAGAUAAUGCUAAAGGCUGAAGCUCCAGCUGAUAAUACCGGUAUGCAAAUCUGCGAUCUCCUUAUGUGGUCUCUAUCCGGCUGA